CACCGCCCGGUUGUGUGACGUAGCCGCCUCCGGUGCUUCGCUGCUGUCCCAGCGCGCUGCUGGUACAAAGCCACAGUGCGGAGGAGCAGACGAGGGAACCUGCAGGUCCUGAGGUGGAUGUUAGAGAUCUGAGUUCAGCAUCCAGUCGUAGGAAUCUGCUCGACAGCCUGUACGGACAGCGUUGCUCUUUUAUCCGAACCGAGCCGGGUCACCUUUGGAAGCAACUUCGCUCCAACAACAACCACCUGAUGCGUUUAAACAACCGUCUCCGCCGCUCAAAAUAACCAACAACCACAGGGGUUUUUCUUGUUUUGUUUUUGUUUGUUUUUCCGUUUUUGCCAUUAUGGACAGUUCGGCGCGUGCCUCGGCGAACUGCCGGCCGCCGGCCGUUGGGCUCGCGCCCGACGAGAGCGCUCCGAGCCCGGCGCCCGUGAAGAAGCAGGCGGUGAAAAGGCACCACCACAAACACAACCUGAAGCACAGGUACGACUUCCUGGAGACGCUCGGGAAGGGGACGUACGGCAAAGUGAAGAAGGCCCGGGAGCGGUCCGGCAGACCGGUUGCCAUAAAGUCCAUCAGGAAAGAGAAGAUCAAGGAUGAGCAGGACCUGGUUCACAUCCGCAGAGAAAUUGAGAUCAUGUCUUCUCUCUGCCACCCGCACAUCAUCAGCAUAUACGAAGUGUUUGAAAACAAGGACAAAAUCGUGAUCGUGAUGGAGUACGCCAGCCGGGGCGACCUGUACGACUACGUCUGCGACAAGAGGCACAUAUCUGAGCAGGAGGCCCGGCACUUCUUCAGGCAGAUCGUCUCGGCGGUGCACUACUGCCAUCAGAAUGGAAUAGUACACCGGGACCUGAAACUGGAGAAUAUUCUACUAGAUGACAAAGGAAAUGUUAAGCAGAUCGCAGACUUCGGCCUGUCGAACAUUUACCACGGCGACGAGUACCUUCAGACGUUUUGCGGCAGCCCUCUGUACGCGUCCCCAGAGAUCGUCAACGGGCGGCCGUACCGCGGGCCGGAGGUGGACACCUGGUCGCUCGGCGUGCUGCUGUACACGCUGGUUCACGGCACCAUGCCGUUCGACGGGAACAACCACAAAGCACUGGUCCAGCAGAUCAGCACGGGAAACUACCGCAAACCAACCAACCCGUCCGAUUCAUGUGGACUGAUCCGCUGGAUGCUGAUGGUAAAUCCAGAGCGCAGAGCUACUAUAGAGGAGAUCGCCGGACACUGGUGGCUCAACUGGGGUUACCAGCGGCCAUUGCUGUCGGAGGUGAAGACGGACGCGGCCCCGGCCUCCGCCCCCGUCCCCCCGGCCGCCUCGCAGCCCGCGGGGCUGGGCAGCGUCGCCAGCUGGCUGCGCCGCACGUCCCGGCCUCUGCUGGAGAACGGCUCCAAGGUGCGCUGCCUGCUGCGCCCGCAGGGGGGCGGGGCCGACGUGGCGAGGCAGCGGUCCCUGCGGAGGUCGCGGAAGGAGAACAACGUCUCCCAGACGGUUCACGAGGGGAGCGCGGACGGGCGCCCCUCCAAGGGGAUCCUCAAGAGGCGCAACAGCGUGAAGCAGAAGGCGGCGAGCGAGGCCUCGGCUGCAGGACCCGCGGAGCCUCCGAACGCUCUGGGAGCGCCGGCACCUCCCAACGCCCCGCCCCAGACGCUGCCUCGCAAAGGUAUCCUGAAGAAGCCCGCGGAGCAGGAGUCGGGAUACUACUCCUCCUCCCCGGAGAACAGCGAUUCUGGCUGGGUACCGCAGACUAAAGAGUACCCCUCGGCCCCCACCCACAGGAAGGGCAUUCUGAAGCGCAAUGGAAAGUUCUCGUCUGGUCGACUGCACGAGUUUGGCUCACUCGACCAACUGGCAGCUUCUCUGCCUCGUAACUGCGCCCGGUCCAGACCCAACGGGGCCAUCAGCGAGGACAGCAUUCUGUCGUCCGAGUCCUUUGACCAGCUGGACCUGCCCGACCGAGUGGGGCCGCAAAUGCAAAUGGCUAAGCCGGCCAAGGCCGGCAUGAGAGGCUGCGUGUCCGCCGACAACCUGCUGGACAUCGAAGAGGACAGGACUCUGGGGGACGGGCUGCUGAGGCCCUGGAGCUGCUACGAGUCUGGAAUGGCUGACAGUGCCUUUUCCCUGACGGACUGUGACAAUGUGACGGAGGCCUACAAACAGGCCAUGGUGAUACAAGGCUCUAAGGCGAGCUAGAGGCCGGUGUGGAGGCUUAAAGGACUAAACUACUGCUGAUCUGACAGCCAAAGUGCAUGAUGGACUUACACGUACCAAAAAGGGAGCGGCCUCGGUGCUGGGGAUGUGACACGUGGAGUAAAAUACGCACAACGCACAACUGAGUGCAGCUAAAUGCGUCCAUGUCAAAGAUGAGAGGAGGAGCUUUGAGCUUAGCAUUAAAAGUGUAGUUACUCAUCAGUGAAAGCCAAAUGUCCGUCUCUGCUAGUUCAACGUAGCGUCUCAGUCGCAGCAGAUCCAGUGGUUUAGUGCCUCAUUCACAAUUACAUAAUAUUUUAAGCAACAAAUGAAGUGUCUUAUUGUCAACAUGGCAAUCAUGUUUGACUGGUUGAUCAGCUGUCAGCUUUACUGAGGAUGAGGGCAAUAAUAGACAGCGUCCAGGUUAGAAUGUGUUUGUGUAUAAUAACACUAGUGUUUUUAGCAAGUUGUGAAAAUGGCAUUUCAUGAAAACCAAAGAAGUAAUAUUAUCAACCUGUUUGUCUUUAUUUAAAAAAAGAACUUAGCAAAACGUGACAGCAGGACGUCUGCUUUUAACAGGGAUCUUACCUCUGGAGGAGCAUUUUUUUAUAUUCUUUUAAUAAUAAUAAUUUGUUUGGACAUGGUUUUACUUGCCAUGACUCACAACAAGUGUGACCAGUAGAACCUGCUUUUACUUCCAAAUCUGUGGCUGUCGGUCCGUGCCUGCAGGCGGCGGUUUCACAGAAAAGGCGCGGCUCAUAAGUUUGUUUGUGUGAUGAAUGUGAGACACCAGCUUCAGCGAACUACUGUCUAAUAACAUACUGAAGCUCAGUCCCAGUGAAGGUGUAUUAAACGGGGAUCUGAGUUAGAACGUGAGCCACCUAACUGUGUUGCUGCUGACUCAGCUUUUUAAUCCUAUCUUCCUAUUGUCCUGUUCUAUUAAAGCGCCACUGCCGGGAAACGCACUUUAUCAGACCUUUGAAACUUGAUACAGUUUAUUUUUCUAGUUUGAGUGUAGGGGUCAUGUGGCAAAAUAUGCAGGGAGUCCACUUUAGCAACAAAACAUGCUGCUUCUUGGAAACUGGAAUGUAAAUAUUUUUGUUUGGCUCAUCAGGAAUUUGAAGCUUGUCUGUAUAAAAGUAUAAACCAGAAAUUCAUGUCAUUUCUAAAAUUUUCAAUUUUGUAUCAAGGACUUUCACUGAUAAAUUCUCAUUUGCCCCUGAAGGCUGACGUGCAGUCAGCCCGUGGGCAGACCGGUCUCCAGGGUUUCAUUUUUGUAUAGUUGAACAUACAUUUGAGCAUUUCAUCAAUGUUUUUGCUUUUGCUGUCCCAGAACAUGCAGGUAUGCAGAGUUAUUUUAUACUUUUAUUCAGUCUAACUGUUUUGCAAAACUCUUCUUUGCCAAAGUGACAGGCUAAUUGAUGAACACGUGACCUGCCAUGAUGUGACUGGGUUGAAGAAAUCAAUAAAAACUGAACAACAGA